AUGCCGAGGUGCGGCCGCUUGAGCAGGAGUCAGGACGCGCCCCAAUAUUGUCCAGCGCGGCAGAUCCAAUGCGACGCCAGGAGUCAAGUGAUCCAAUCCGACGGCGAUGGCUACGCCAGAGUCAGUCGACACUCGACGUCGGCCGGCGGGUUCGCAGGAACCAGAGCAGACGGCGGGCAGGCUUGCACAGGCAGACUGACGGUCAGAUUGGACUACUCAGGCGUCGCAAUGUCCACAAAGCCGGGUUCGGCGUCGGGGUCGGCUUUGUCUCCCGGGUGA